ACAGCCUCGACAAAGUGUUAAGUGGGAUCGAAAAGUUCACUUGGUCACUCGUCUGCCCAGCUGUUUAAUCAUUUCUCUUCAAGCAUUGAUCUCAGACGGUACGAUUUAGUGCGUGGGUCCCAAGAUGAAACUUCUCUAUUUGGUUGGAAUAGUUGCGGUUGUAACGGUUGGACUAGUCGAGGCGGGUGAUUCCGAUGUAACUAAGUUUUUGAAGCAUUUGGAGGUUAUACCAGACGUUAUCCCUGAAGGACAAGGUGCUUCCGAUUUCCUAAAGGUCAGCUAUGACAGUGGAGUUUUUGCAGAUAAGGGAGUGGAAGUGACGCCCACCCAGGUGAAAAAUCAGCCCAAAGUUCAAUGGAAGGCCCAGAAAAAUGCAUUCUACACCCUGAUCUUGACCGAUCCGGAUGCACCGAGUCGAGCUGAACCAAAGAUGCGUGAAUUCCAACACUGGUUAGUGGUUAACAUUCCCGGUGAUGAUAUCUCCGCCGGAGAAGUUCUCACCGAAUACGUUGGUUCAGGUCCACCAAAAGACUCCGGCCUGCAUCGAUACGUGUUCCUGCUGUACAAACAACCAAAGAAAUUGCAAUUUGACGAGAAACAUAUCUCCAAGAAUUCCGCCGAAGGACGUCCUAACUUCUCAGCCACUAAAUUCGCAGCUAAGUACAAGCUAGGAGCUCCUCAGGCAGCAAAUUUCUACCAGGCUCAAUACGAUGAUUAUGUUAAAACAAUCCAUGAGCAGCUUGGGCUUUAAGGGGUUUUGUGAUGUGUCAGUUUUUGUGUUAUUUAAGUUAUUGUUCGAAUUAUACAGCUGAAUAAAUUUGCAGAAAUUAUUCAAA